CACGUAUUUGAAUUUCAAGAUUAUACAUGUACUGAUAUUUUAACCUGCAGUCUUUCCCAGUUAUUUCCAGUCGCAAGUCAUCAAGGUGUAUCGUGUGAUCAACCUGAAUAUGAUAGAAAAUCAAGAUACCAUUGAGCUUAAAAAUUAUAAAAAACUAAAAAAUACAUACAAACUAUUUUGUGUAGGUUGCGUUAUUUUUCUUACUGGGUUUCUUUUCAUAUUUUUUGGCCGUCCAUACACAUUUGAUCGAACAAACAAGGACUUGUUCUUUGUUUUUGGACUGGUUUUUAUUUUCCCUGGAUCAUUCAUAACAUUGAUGUCGGCGUAUUUUCUUUUUCGUCUGUGGAAGAUUUCAAAUGACUUCAUAAAACUUAAUAAAACUCCUGUUUAUCCUGAAGAUACAGUUGAAGAUCUUGUACCCCCUGAGAAACAAUGGGUUGAACCCAUAGAAACUUCUCCUAAUUUUUCUAAAUUUGGUUUGAACUUAAAUGAACCUAUAUGAGCUAUCAACACUAACCAAAACAAUCAUUCUACCUAUUACGUGUUUUCUUGUUUUACGGUCAUUUGGAGGCUUAUCAGUCUUUUUGUAUAGAAAAUAAAUAAUACACAUGCUCAGUUUUCCUAUUUUUAUUUAUUUACCCGAAACAAAUUGAUUUUUAAUUAAAAGUUAAAGUCUUAACUUGUAUAUACUCGGAACUGCUUUAUGUGUCUGUCCCAUUUUGUCUGUACCAUCCUCGAUUUGAUGUAGAAGAUAAAAAUAAUCAGCGA